AUGAACCAACCACCGCAACCUCCAUUGCCGCCUCAACCUCCAUUGCCGCCUCAACCGCAAAUACAACUACAGCCUCCAUUAGUACAUGUCAACAUGGUGCGAUACAUUAUCGAUGGUGCGGCUUUCAAUGACCAUACGACUAUUACGCCAAAUCAAAAUGAAACAUUGAACAUAUUAUUCGAAGCUUAUAGUGUCAUCCCUAAACUCAGCCUAUGGUAUGGGGCAUAG